UUUUUUGUCAUUGUUGUAGGCGCCUCUAUAACCUAUAUUAGUAUAUUUUAUUCAAUUAUGAAUUUCCAAAUUUCCAGUGUGUGAUAAAUCGAUUUAUAGUCAUAAAAUUUUCUUUAUCCUCGAUUAUUCACAUUACUGGACUUGAAUACUUUAUUGCGGACUGGAGUCCUGGAAUCUGGAACCAUAGUCCGUUCAAACUUCAAGUGUCAGCAACUGCGACUGGAAUACCUAUAAAACAUUCUGUGUUGAGUGCUUUUAAGUUUUGACGCCAUCUGUGCAUCACCACCACGUCGUUGUUUUGAUUGAUUACUACAGUCUGAUCGAAAGUUUAUGUGGAUCAUUAUCUGUUGUCUUUAUUUGAAAAAUGAAUUGUUAAUAAUAUUUUAAACUAUGAAUUCGUCAUCAUCCGAUGUAUUUUGUCCAAAAUAUUCAGACCGAAACACCGAUAUCAGUUAUUGCAGAGAUCUUAGCAAAAUUGACUCUUUAAAUUAUAGACAUACAAUAGCAAUAAGGCCGAACUUUCCCGAUGCAUAUAACAAUAUGGGGGCAAUAUUUAAAGAAUGUGGCUGUCUCGAACAAGCCAAAGCAUAUUACAAAGCAGCAAUCAAUUUUAGUUGUCCGAACGACCAUAUCAAUGCUUGGUUGAAUUUGAAUGAUAUUUUAAAGAAACAAAUGAAUCUUAAUAAUGCUAUGACAGACAAUGAAGAGCAAUAGAAUAUGACAAUACAAAUGUCAAGUAGAUGUAAUUUGAUAUUCUAUAUCUUCAAACGACAAUAUUCCAUCCUGGCUGAAUAACUUUGAACACCAUAAUGAUUUGUCUCAAAUCAAAUUUUUCGAUGCUGUUAAAGUUUUUAAUAGUGACAUCCAUAUAUUAGUUGACAUGAGUGGUUAUACAAACAGUGCCCAAACUGAAAUAUUUGGUUUGAGACCGGCUCCAAUACAAGUUUCAUGGAUUGGUUAUCUUAGUACCAGUGAUGCAACAUUCAUGGAUUACUUCAUUACAGAUAAUAUAUGUUCUCUCCCAGAACUUCAAAAUGUAUAUACUUAUACAAAUCAUACUAUUUUUGUUGUUGACCACAAGCAGAAGUUUUCUAAUUUACGACAACACUUAUGUGUUGAAGAAGAACUGGAAAGAUUAUCUUUCAACUGACCAGAAAAUGUUGAUGUUUUUUGUAAUUUUAAUUUUAAUUUACAACAAAAUAACUAAAAUCGUAAUUCUUGGUUUUAAUAUGUAGUGUUUUCCAAAUUUGAACUUAAAAUGUCUGUAAAAAUAACUGUUUAGGUCUAGAUUUAGAUUAUUUGAUUACAGUUUGAGAUUUUUUAAGUAAAUUUAUUUGAAAGGUAAUAACUUCAUUCAAAAUGUUCUUUUUGGAAUUUCUUGACAUGAGUAUAUUUCUUAAAUCAUUUAUCAUCCAUCAUAUUAUGAUUUUCAUAAUUUUUGCCAGACGUUUAACUAGUGUGAAUAUAUUAUAAUAUAUACUAAGGCCACAACGAAUAUCGAAGAAUAGUGGUCCACUGGCGGGUAUAGUAGGUUCCUUAUAAUACAUGGAUAGCAAAGGCAUCAUUGUGGGGAGGGGAUGCAUUCUUUGUUCACACCAACGCUUUUUUAAAUGCCUUCUUUGGCUUGUCAAAAACAAAUAUAAGCAUCGAUUUACCUAAGUAUUUUAAAUCAGAUAUUGAGUCAGUAUUAAAAAAAAAUGUUAUGUGUUCUAUUUUAAAAAGUUUUAGUUGACGUUUUAUAAUUAUAAUCCACCGAAAACCAUGAGGACAUUUAUAACAGAAACAUAGUAUCUACCUAUACUAUAAGAAUGAGUUGGGCGUAUAGACUAAAUAUAAGCACUUGGUAAAUAUCAGCUGCUCUGCUAUUGUAGUCCAGCGAGAAACGCACCGGUCUUACAUGGAUACAUAAUAUGUUUCUUAAUUAUGGCCGAGCGGCUCGCUCAGGGACAGACUGGCUACUUCUGGUCCAGAGUGCAAAAUUAAUUAGGGGCCUGUAUUUUUUUUUUAACUUACUAAAAUUAGGAAAGAGUUCUACAUUUCAAUAAGAGUUAAAUUUAAGAAAGGGCCCGAAAAUGUUAAUCGACGCCUGUAUUAUAAAUACGAAUAGGGGCCCGGGGUGCUACCUGGUUUAUAGCACCCUGGACCAGUCCACCCCUGGGCUCGCUACGAGUUAACCAACCUACGCUUGCGGUAGGUAACUGGGACUUUAUAGACAAUUCUUAUUAUAUUGUAGUAGGUAAUAAGAAAGCAACAAAAUUAAUAUU